GGUAGUCGGUUAACAAAGUGUAUUGUUUUUAUUAUAUGGCUAUAUACAGCCAUACACCGCAUAUAAGUAAUAUAUUCCAUCUUUAUCAUCGGAAAAACAUAUCAAAGAGAUUUGCUGAUAGUAGUCACAAUUUUCUUAAAGUUGAACACCGGUACAAACUACCGCAACAAAUUUAUCCGUAACUUUCGAGUAUUUGCCUUUACACUAUGAGUGCAUUCAGAAAAUCUAUAGCAAAGUGCAUGUAUUUGGCUGAGAGUGGAAUACGCAGGUCCAGUUCUAUGGUUUCCCCCGAUACAAAGCCAGUGCUUUACUCGUAUUGCUACAGUUCUUGUUCCUGGCGAGUACGAAUUGCAUUGGGAUUGAAAAAGAUACCUUAUGAAAUUAGGCCUACAAGUCUUGUUACGAAUAGAGCUAAUGAAUUCACAACCUACACGAAUGAGUACCGAGAACUAAAUCCUAUGCAACAGGUACCAGCGCUACAAAUAGAUGGACAGACACUAUGCGAUUCUGUGGCCAUUAUGCAUUACCUGGAUGAAACACGACCGCUGCAUCCGUUGUUGCCACAGGAUCCGCACAAGCGAGCCAAAGUGCGCGAGAUUGUUGAGAUUAUAUGCUCUGGUAUUCAGCCGCUGCAAAACCGACUAGUAUUGUCACACCUGGGCAAGGACAAGAGCAGGGAGUGGGCGCAACAUUGGAUAUCACGUGGCUUUCGUGGUCUGGAAAAGGUGCUUUCGCUCUCAUCUGGGAAAUACUGUGUGGGCGAUGAAAUAUCCAUGGCUGAUUGCUGCCUUGUUCCACAAGUUUUCAACGCCAGAAGGUACAAAGUUUCCUUGGAUCCUUAUCCUACAAUUUUGCAGCUCGACCACAGUUUGACUACUAAUGAAACUAUUCGCGCCAGCCAUCCACACAGUCAACCAGACUGUCCGCCGAAGUUGGCAAAUAAAUAAAAUAUUAUUUUAAACAACUCAUAAUCCACAAAUUCGUCUGAAUUCCACAUCCACCUGUAAUUCUCUUAACUAUCUAGUUAUGCCUGCAUUUAAACGAAGCGAAUCAACAAAUAAAAUUGUCUUUAAUAUUA